AUGCACUUCAACCGCAACGGCAGUUUGCUCCCGCACCUGUGGCAGGGUGAUGGAAGUGCCCGCUACUUCGAGAGUUGGGCUUUUGCUGCCCCACGUGGGUGCGCGGCGCUGCGCGCUUGGAGGGGCGAGCUGCGCCUGGCAGCAGCGCGAGGCUUCGCGGCCUACUGCGAGGAUGUCAUGGCAGAGCCGGAGGCAAAAGCUUACCUCCAUCCAUCUCUAAGAGAAUGGCUGCCCUACCUUGUCAUCCACGCCACUCUGGCGCGCGUCCGCUACUCGCAGCCAGCGCUGGCUGUACGGACGAUGCCUGCGGAGAGCACAGGUCUUGCCCAUGCGAAUUACGCCGUGGACUGGACACUGGCAUUCCUGGCCGGACUGACGGACUUCGCCCUGGAUGGCACAGGCGGCCCGGUCCUUGCCUUGGCGCGCGGCCCUAGCGAGGUGCCUCCCCCACCUCGGCUUGGGCCCUUAGUUAAGCUCCGGAACCUCGAGCGUGUUGCUUUCGAUUGCAUCCUCUACUACCAGGGCUAUGCCGCGGACUCCCCGCUAGCGCAGCUCCUGGCGCUUCCUGCGCCGCCGUCCUGGUGGCCGCAGAAGGCCGCACGCUUUCUGGCGGCUCUGGAGUCGCGGUUUGGCCCUACUGAUGACAAGGCCUUGCUGGUCCUCUUCUGGUUUAUCCGAAGGGCAGUGUCCGUGCAUGGCGCCUUGGCCCUGUCCUUGCUGCCGGUGCUGGCGGUCUGUUGGGCGCGACCCAAAGAGAAAGCCGACUGA